CGAAACGAAAGUGUCAAAAACAAUGAGUUACAGUGACAUCUAUGACAAUUUUAAUUUCGAUUAUCAAAAAUCGAACGAAAGUAAAGGUAACGUCGAUGUAAAUGCCAAUGAAAAAUGUUGUCGAGGUGUGAAAAAUGAUAGUAAAAACAUUCAGAGGAGUGAAGAUACGAAAGAGGAAGAGAGUCACAUACAGCACGUGCUGGGGCCGAGUAGGCGGUGCUUGGCGUGGGCUUGCAAGGCGUGCAAGAGGAAAACGGCGGCGGUCGACCGGCGGAAAGCUGCCACGUUGCGAGAACGACGGAGACUUAGAAAAGUUAACGCAGCCUUUGAAGAGCUGAGAAUACGAGCGCGGGCGGGUAGCGGGAGACUUCCCAAGCUGGAGAUCCUGCGCGCCGCCAUACAGCACAUAGAAAGGUUACAAGCCGCCCUACGAGCCGCUGCACUCCUGGAGUCUGAAAGCUGCAAGACGUACGUGGAACCGGUGACGUCAUCGCGCCCGCUCGACCGCGACAUCAAAGCGGAACGCGAGAGACCCUUCCUCAACAGUGAUACAGGGUCUUGCGGACUGAACAGCCUGGCGCGACUGCGAUGUAUAGUGCAAGCUUUAGCGGUUAAGGAAACACCUUGACCAAGGAAGCAACAAACCUUUCUAGUUUAUUAUUUUUAUAAGAGAAGGCGGCAAACGA